UUACUGGAAUACCGCCAUUAACCAACCUUCUCUUCCUUUCUCUUCUCCUCUCGUGACCCUGAACAUACAACCCCUGUGUUAACCAUUUUCUUUUUCUUUUCCAUUUAACCAAACAGUGAAAGCCUGGAAGGAAAACCAACCAGUUGAAAAUAUUCAACCACACUGAUGAUUAGCUCCUUUGCUCUUACUUUUUUUUGACUAAGUUACCCUCUCAAACAUUGACCUUCCUCCACCUUAUCAUCAUCUUCUUCUCUCUCUGUGACGUGCUUGUGUUUUUCCAAGAAAGAGACACCCAUGUUGAGUCUUAUACCUAUUUGGGCCAACAAAUGGGUUUGCUGAGGAACUUAGAGAAGAGAGGACAGAGGGAAGGAGAACAAGAGAAGAUGAGAGAAAAAGGAAGCUUGGAAAUGGGAACAAGAAACCCAUUCAAGGAUUAUUCUCAAUCUCACUCUCCCAACAGAAAGUUCUUCUCUUUCGCAAUCUUUGUUCUCCUCUCGAUUGCUCUCUUUCGCUUAUAUUUUUACCCACUUCCCCUUCUUCGUUCUCCUUCUUAUCACCUUUCCCAUAUUUAUAUCAACUCUUCUCCUUCUUCUUCUUCUUCUUCCCUCCCUCUUGUUCCUUUGUUACCUUCCUUGUCUUUCUCUAAAGAGGAGGAAAGGAGCGAUGAAGCUUUAUGUGACUACACCGACGGCGAAUGGAUACAUGACGAAAUGGGUCCAUUAUAUAACACCACCACCUGUGGCACAAUCAAGGAAGGUCAAAAUUGCAUCAGCCAUGGCAGGCCAGAUUUUGAUUAUCUAUAUUGGAGAUGGAAACCCCGGCAAUGCGACCUUCCCAGGUUUGAUCCAAACAGAUUUCUCCAGCUACUUGAAAACAAGCAUUUAGCUUUUGUUGGUGAUUCCAUGGCCAGGAAUCAAUUAGAGUCCCUUCUUUGCAUGCUCGCCACUGUUUCUACACCUAAUCUUAUUUACAGAAAUGGUGAAGAUAACAAAUUUCGCAGGUGGCAUUUUGAUUCUCACAACAUUACUGUAUCAGUUUACUGGUCACCUUUUCUUGUUAAGGGUAUUGAGAAAUCAGUUGCUUCUGGUCUAGAUCAUAAUAAGCUAUUUUUAGAUUCUGUUGAUGAGAGAUGGGCUGCUGAUUUGGAAUCAAUGGAUAUGAUUGUGUUAUCAAUUGGGCAUUGGUUUCUACACCCAGCAGUUUAUUUUGAGGGUGAUUCUGUAUUAGGUUGCCAUUUAUGUAUUGGACUCAAUCAUACCCAGAUUGGGUUCUUCGAUGUGUUUAGAAAAGCUAUAAGGACUACCCUUAAGACCAUAGUUGAAAGGAGAGGAGAAAAUGGUAAUGGUAAUGGAAUUGAUGUAAUCUUAACCACAUUUUCGCCUGCACAUUUCGAGGGCCGCCUGUGGGACAGUCUUGGUGCUUGUAAUCAGACACAGCCUUACAAGGAGGAAGAGAAAGUGCUUGAAAUAACUGAUGUUGAAAUGAGAAAAGGUGAGAUUGAAGAAGUGGAAGCUAUGAAAGUGAAUGGUAAGCAACUUAAGGGUUUUCGGCUAGAGGCGUUGGAUAUCACCAGAUUAUCAUCACUAAGGCCUGAUGGCCACCCUGGAGCUUAUAUGUAUGCUAAUCCAUUUGCUAAUGGAAUUCCAGAACAUGUGCAUAAUGAUUGUGUUCACUGGUGUUUGCCUGGGCCUGUCGAUACUUGGAAUCAGAUAUUACUGGAGGUUUAUAAGAGGUGGGAGGUUCAAUCAAGAAGAGGAGGAUGAUUCAUGAUUUAUGAUUCAUAUCAUGAAUCAUGAUUCAUGAUCCAUGAUUCAUGAUUCAUCACAGUAUCAAAACCAUAGAGGAUAUGGGUUUGUUUCAGUUUGUUGAUUAUCUUUUCCUUACACGAAUCGUGCUUGUUGUUUCCCAAGAACAAUUAUAAGAUGAGAAUUGAUGGAAUUCUUUGGUUCUAUUGGUCUUUCCUUUUGAUUGAGGUAAUGAGAAUAUAGGGGAAGAAUCAUGUCUCAAGUGAAUCCGAAGAGAGUUAAUUAUUUAUGAUUGCAUAAAGGGUUCCACGAAUUUUGGCUAGAAUAUAGAAUAUACUAAUUGUGUAAGAUUGUACAAGUUCUGCUGUUUCUUGUUUAAAUCUCACAAUCGAAAUCUUGGACCUGUUUGGUUU